GAGGUGGCGUAAAAGAAGUAAAGCAAAAUAAAAGAAGUUUGAAGAAGAAGAGCAAAACGCAAAAGCAGAGCAAACAAAAAAUAAAACUCUUAAACGUUGUUUCUUUUUUUUUGAUGUGUUACAACUUCAAGAAGAAAUAAGUGCUUUUAGUUAAAAACUCGAAAACCGGUUAAUAAAUGAGCGCUGUAACUGCAACGAAAGCAACACCAACAGCAACAACAGCAAGGCAACAUCUUCAAUUUGCACAUCUCUUUUUAAUUGACUGAUACAUAAAAGAAGAAAGUGCAGCUAAAACUGUGAAGCAGCAGCGGAAGCACCGUUAAAAGUGCAACUGUAUAGAAAACCAUAACAACAACAAGCAAAACAACAAAAACAGUUAAAAUGGCUCUAUCCAUUGUAAGCCGCGGCCUUUUGCGCACUUCGAGAGAAAUUCUUGAACGCAAUAUGGCCGCCACAGUGGGUGCACUCCAGCAACAACAACAAAUACAGCAGCUGUCCAGCUCGUCGUCGUCUCACAUUGUUGUUGCUGCUGCCGAUUACAACAAUCGUCUACUGGAGAAGAAUGGCAGUGGCUCACGUAUACCUUGGCAUCAAAUGCCACACACCAGCUUGGUACCGGCGGUGCGCCAAUAUUCAAAGAAAACGGGCGCACCGGCCACCAUGCGUCGCGAGGAGAGCGACAGCGAUUCCGAUUCGGAUGAUGAGUUCGAGCGGCGUCGUCUGAAUACAAAUGCCAAGCGCAGCGAGCGGGGCGACUCAGAGUUUUGGCGCCGCAAAAUGCGCACAUUGCAUCGCAUAUUGGAUGUAAAUCACGACGGCGUCAUAUCGUUCGAUGACUUCAAUUUGCUGGCAAAACGUUUCAACGAUUUGGGACACUUGUCGCCGGAAGUGGCCGCCGAAUUCAUGGAUGUCAUCAAACAGACCUGGGAAGAGCAAUUUGGCGAGAUAACACCCUACAAUUUGGUGACUGCUGAGCAGUUUCUAACCGAUUUACACCAUCGCUUGAACGACAAAAAGAUGGCUAAACGCAUUGGCCGCUUUCUGCCGUAUUUGUUUAAGGCCGUAGAUUUUGAUCACACCGGUCACUUGGAUCUCGAACAAUAUAAGCUCUUCUUCCAAUGUCUGGGACUGACCGAUGAAGACGCUGCCGUUUCUUUCGCUGUGAUAGACAAAAAUGGCGAUGGCCAAUUGUCGCUCAAGGAGUUUGUACAUUUGGGUCGUCAAUUCUUUAUAACCGAGGACGAUACAAAGAUAUCGAAGAUGUUUUGGGGGCCACUGAUUGCUGAUCAUUGACGCGUUGCAGCCACUGCUGUAGAUUUCCAUCAUCACAGUCAUUACAAUCACAAUCACAAUCACAAACAACAUCAACAUCAACAUCUUCAUCAUUAUCAGAAUGUUCACGAUGCAAUAAAGCCAAUGCUGCCAAUAACAACAACAACAAUUAUACCAGUAAAUACAUCAACAACAAUUUCGACACUAACACCAUCAACACCAACAACAACAACAACAAACACGCCAACACGAGCAACAUGCGCUCGCAGCAAAGGAAACGAGAUGAGCGCUCGUUGGCUCUAUCUACAGCAUGUGGCGCCAUAUAUAACGAGGACUUUAGGCAAGCAUUCAAGCUCGUCCUCGUCCUCGACCUCGACAAUGACCACGACUACGAUUAUUUAUGACUAUUUGCGGGAACGUUUCAAUACGGCCAAACGCUAUCGUCGCUACGCUGAUGAUCCCGAAGAUGCUCCGCCCAGCCAGAAGCCUCGCAAGCACAAUCACAAUCAAUACCAACGGCAAAAGGAAUUGAAGAGACUGGAGCAAGAGCGAGAGCAGCAGGAAGACAAGCAACAUCACCACCACCAGCGCCACGAUCAGCAAAAGCAGGAGCGUGACAAGAACCGUCACGAUUACGGCCCCAAUUCUAAUAUACACAACUAUGAUAUAAGAUUUUUUUUCUAUGUUAAUUCGCUAAUCCUAUUUACAAUGUCGUGCCGCCAAUACGAGGGUGAUGAGUUCAAGCACUUUAUCGUGCAGCACAUCAGAGAGUUCGAUCGGUUGCGCAGGAAGGCGCGCAAACGACGCAAGCGAAAGCUAAAGACAACAUCAUCAACAACAACAACAACAACAAAUUGUGCUGCAUGACUCGAAUUGAAAGUGUAGAGAGCGAGAGAUGGACAGCAGCAAAUGAUUGAGCAGAGAAUUAAAGAAAUAGAGGAAGAAAGGUGCGAGUGGCCAGCAUUUAUUUUUAAUUAUACCUACUGAUAAUAAUAUUAUACACUGAUAAACUGAUCGAUAUACACAAACCCCCCACAUACAUAUAUGUACGUAACAAUUAAAGCUAUGUUUAUGAACGAAA